UCGAUUCAUCGGACUAAAUAUCACCGGCACUUGUAAUCAAUCACACUCUCGACGAGCGCUGCUGGUUUCGUCGUACUUCGCCCCCUCUUUAAUUCCCGCCCAAAAAUCUUCAGCUUAUUCGGAUUCAGCCAUUGAGACAACCUGAGUUCGAAAGAUGAGUCAAUUUGAGAUUGAAGAAGAUGUGGAAGGAGAUCGUAUCCCAACGAACGAUUUCUACUUCGAGAGAAUCGGCGAACCUAUCAGUAUCAAAGAGGAUGAUGCUCAAUUCGAUCUCGAAAACCCUCCGUCACAGCCUCUCGCUAUCUCCGAACGCCGCGGCGUCGUUUUCGUCGCCCAUUCCUCCGGGUUUUUCGUUGGGAAGACUAAGGAUGUAAUCUCUGCAUCGAAGAACAGUAAGGAGAAAGAUGAAAAGGUUUAUAUCGAGGAUUUGAGCCUCGUCGAUGUUCCUGUUGGAGAUGUUCGUAUAUUGUCUCUCUCAUCGGAUGAUUCGAUUCUUGCUGUCUCCGUCGCUGCUGAUAUUCAUUUCUUCUCUGUGGAUUCACUUCUUAAGAAGGAUGCAAAACCUUCUUUUUCUCAUUCACCUGAUGAUGAGUCAGGAGGCUUUGUUAAGGAUUUUCGAUGGACAAGGAAAGAUAAGCAUUCGUAUCUUGUUCUUUCUAGUUCUGGGAAGCUCUUUCAUGGAGUUGACAAUGCACCCCCUAGACAUGUCAUGGAUGGUGUUGACGCCGUUGAAUGGAGUUCAAAAGGGAGUUAUAUCGCUGUAGCCCAAGAUGACAGCCUGCGGAUUUUGUCGUCAAAAUUCAAGGAGAAACGGUGCAUAGCACUCUCAUUUGACGCCUGGUUUGGUGAUUCCGAUGAAGACUGUUUAGUCAAAGUUGAUUCUAUCAGAUGGGUACGCAACAACUGUAUUCUUCUUGGAUGCUUUCAGCUGAUUGAAGGCAGGGAAGAAAAUUACUUUGUUCAGGUUAUCAGGAGUCCUGAUGGGAAGAUUUCUGAUGGUUCGUCCAGUCUAACUGCUUUAUCAUUCUCCGAUUUGUUUCCGUGUUCUAUGGAUGAUCUUCUUCCGGUUGGUGUUGGACCUCAUUUGCUCUUUAGCUACAUAGACCAAUGCAAACUGGCGAUCACAGCAAACAGAAAGAGCAUAGAUGAGCAUAUUGUUGUACUUGAUUGGUCACCUGGUGAUAACAAAAGUGCAGUAUCUGUUGUUGAUAUUGAUCGAGAGACCUUUUUGCCAAGGAUUGGGCUCCAAGAGAAUGGCGAUGACAAUAUGAUUAUGGGACUCUGUAUCGAUACGGUUUCUGUGGAGGGAACUGUUAGUGUCCGUUCGGCUGAUGAUGAACUUAAAGAACUCCUGCCAUAUUUUGUUCUUGUGUGCCUCACUUUGGAAGGAAAACUGAUCAUGUUUAAUGUUGCUAGUGUUGCAGGACCCCCAGCUUCAUCUGACGUUGAUUUGGCCUCUUCUUCUGAUAUAGAAGAUGCAUAUUUCGGAACAAGUUUUGGGCAACCACCUUUGCCCUUAGGAUAUGACACCAACAAAUUUGCAGGAUUCGGUCCUGUCGUCCGUGUUCCCGAAAAGCUUCAAAAUGACACAUCUGCGCAGUCUAAGUCUAUGCAUUUACAGGCCAAUGUUAAGUCAAAGAGUACACCAGCUUUAUUUGGAUCUCCUGGCCUGAAGAACACAUUUUUUCAGUCACCACAAAAUACACCAUCUCAGCCAUGGUCAAGUGGGCAAGGCGUCUCACCGCCAGAUUUUGUAUCCAGUCCCUUUCCUUCUGUGAAAGAUUCUCAGCAUAAGCAAUCUGUACAGUCUGGAACUGGUAUUGUGAAUCCUCCUAUGAGCAUCAAAGAGAAACCUGUACAAAUCAUUGAGACUGGUAGAGCAUCAGCUCUGAGCAAUUUAAGUCCUCCGCUAGGCCAAAACCGGGACGCUAAUGAAGAAGUAGAGAAAAUUGAGCCAAUACCUUCUAUCCAUUGCUCUCAAUUGUCACAGCAGGUGAAAUCUUCCUUCGAAAAAUCCGCUAGUAAUCAGCAGCACAAAACUCCGCUCAGUACUGGGCCUCUGAGACUCGACCAUAGCAUGAAGCAACCCAGUAAUAUAAAUGAGAUGGCCAGAGAAAUGGAUACGCUUUAGUCCAUUGAAGGACCGGGUGGUUUCAAGGAUUCUUGUGCUUUUUUACUGAAAAGUCAUGUUGAAGAACUGGAGCAAGGACUUGAAAAUCUUGCUGGCAAGUGCCAAACAUGGAAGAGCACAAUCCACGAGCAGCAAGCAGAGAUCCAACAUCUUCUUGACAAAACAAUUCAAGUUUUGGCAAAGAAGACAUACAUGGAAGGUAUGUAUAAGCAAACUGCUGAUAACCAGUACUGGCAACUUUGGAACCGCCAGAAGUUGAAUCCUGAGCUUGAGGCCAAGCGGCAGCAUAUUAUGAAACUAAAUAAGGAUUUGACCCAUCAACUAAUUGAACUAGAGAGAUAUUUUAAUCGGCUUGAACUCGAUCGCUACCAUGAGGAUGGUGGACUUCCUGUGGCACGAAGAGGCGUGCCAAAUAGAUCUGCUCCUUCCAGACGUGUGCAAUCCCUUCACAGCCUUCAUAAUACAAUGAGUUCCCAAUUGGCAGCUGCUGAGCAACUCUCUGAGUGUCUCUCAAAACAAAUGACACUUUUGAAAAUCGAUUCACCUGUCAAAAAGAAUGUGAAGCAGGAGUUGUUUGAGACAAUUGGGAUCCCUUAUGACGCUUCUUUCAGUUCACCAGAUGCGGUAAAAGCUAAAAAUGCAUCUUCAUCAAAAAACUUAUUACUCUCGUCUAUUCCUGCAAGUAUAAAUGCACAGUCAAGACAACGUCAGUCAUCUGCUAUGAAAAGUUCUGACCCUGAGACUGCCAGGAGGAGAAGAGAAUCACUAGACAGGAAUUGGGCUGCUUUUGAGCCUCCAAAAACAACUGUCAAAAGGAUGCUUCUGCAUGAGCAACAGAAGACAGGUAUGAACCAACAGACAGUCUUGAGUGAGAAACUACGGUCUGCGAAUAAUUUACAAGAGCGAUCACUGCUUCGCCUGAAAGAUCAUGCAUCGCCUGUAGUCUCCUCGAAUAAGGGUAUUAUGGAGUCAUUUCAACAAGACACAUUGGAAGCUCAAUCAACCCCAUUUAAAACGAGGCCACCUAUGCCACAAUCCAACAGUCCCUUUACCAUCUCUCCAAUCUCUGCAUCAAAACCAAGUUUCAAUUGGUCCGGAAAUAAUUCUAGCAGUACAACUUCUUAUACUGAGCAGUCUGCCCCACCACAGAGUAAGGAUACAAGGACAGUUUCACAACCAGGAGGAUCAAAUUUUCCUCUGAAACUACCAAUGGCCUCGACUGUAUUUGAACAGACAGAAAAAAAGGCUGGAGGAUUCAAAUUUUCUGAAGCUAAGGCCAAUGCGUUUGUUGAAACAGCUGCUGGAAGUGUGCAGCGGCUUUCUACCUCAUCAUCCGGAUCUGAUUUUGAAUCAAGCAAAGGUUUUGGCGCUCAGCUUUCACCAAUGUCUACUGGUGCUGGUGCAUCUAGUUUCCCUUCAAAAUCGUUGUUUGGUUUCAAAACCAGUGGCAGUAUCCCUAGCGAUAAAGUUACUUUUCCUGCUGAAACGGUAUCAGUUUCUUCUUCACCUUUGCCUAGCACACUGCUUGAUUCCGUUUCCACCUUAUCUACACCAUCAUCACCUCCAGUGUCAUCCUCUACACAAGAUUUAGUUCCAGCAUCUAUUCCCACCAGCUCAAAACCAGCACCACAGACGUUUUCUCUCACGUCUACAUCUACAUUUUCAGCUACUGGUUUCAGUGUUCCAUUUGGUAAAUCGUUGACCAGUGCCAAUUUAGAUCUCAAUCAAGCAGCUACAGCAACACUUUCUUCAUCACCUGGCCCCACAACUGGUUUCACUCUUAACUUACCAGCUUUGUCUCCAUCGUCCCCUGAAAUAAUCUCAUCCUCAACAGGCCAAUCUUCAUUAUUUCCUCCAUCUUCUACAGCAUCGCAAGUGUCAUCUAAUCUGGUCUCUGCACGCAGCUUCCAAACGGAUAGUAAUCGUUUGCUUUCAUCAACUUCCUCAUCUUUGACUCCCCUUAGUACCUCAACCGCUCCUGAUGCGUUGCAGUCUCCUCAAGUUUCCACACCGUCUUCCGCCGUAUCCAUUACAGAGCCAGUCUCAGAAUCUAAACCAGAGGCUCAAAGUUCGUCAAUUCCAAGUACGGAAAGUACUGUAGAUUCUGUAGCAAAUGCAACAAAAACACAGAUUGAGCCGCUACCGGUGAAAAGUGAGAAUUCAAAACCAGAGACUACAGAAAUUCCUGGCAGUUCAUCUGGGUUCUUGUCUGGAUUUUCAUCAGGAACACAGUCUAGUCUUGCAAGCAUGGCGCCUCCUUCAUUCAGUUGGCCAGGUAGUUCUCAGCCACAACAGCUAUCUACACAUGUCCCUUUCCCUGUGUCCUCACCAACUUAUGCAAGUCCAUUUGGUGAGAAAAAAGAUACUGUAGAUACACAGGAAGAUGAAAUGGACGAAGAAGCUUCAGAGGCUAGCCAGACAACUGAACUUAGUAUGGGAAGUUUUGGAGGUUUCGGGCUUGGGUCAACUCCAAAUCCGGCUGCCCCCAAAGCAAAUCCAUUUGGUGGUCCCUUUGGUAAUGCUACAACAACAACAAGUAAUCCAUUCAAUAUGACAGUCCCUAGUGGCGAGCUAUUCAAACCUGCAUCGUUCAGUUUUCAAAAUCCUCAACCAUCUCAACCGGCAGGUUUUGGUACGUUUUCUGUAACACCUUCUCAGACACCUGCUCAGAGCGGAUUUGGCCAACCGUCACAGAUUGGUGGGGGACAACAAGCUCUAGGGUCGGUUCUUGGCUCCUUUGGGCAGUCGAGACAGAUUGGUGCUGGUCUCCCAGGAGCUACGUUUGGUUCUCCUACUGGAUUUGGUGGCUCUAACCCAGGAAGUGGUCUGCCAAAUGCACCAGCAUCCGGUGGUUGUGCUGCUGCUGGUUCUAGUGCCACAGGUGGGUUCGCGGACAUGGCUUCAGCUGGUAGAGGCUUUGCGGGUGCUUCUUCUACUCCCACGGGUGGCUUCGCGGCCUUAGCCUCAGGUAGUGGAGGCUUUGCUGGUGCUGCUCCAGGAGGAGGAGGCGGUGGAUUUGGUGGACUUGGUUCAGGCUCCGGAGGUUUCGGAGGCUUUGCUCCUCCUAGUAGUGGAGGUUUCGCGGGUGCAGCAGGAGGUGGUGGUUUUGGUGGUUUCGCCGGCCAAGGACAAGGCCAAAGCGGUGGUGGUGGGUUCUCAGCCUUUGGUGGCAACUCAGGGGCAACAGGAAAGCCAUCGGAACUCUUCACACAGAUGAGAAAGUGAAACCAAUAUAUUCAAUAUUAUCGUUGCCUAGGACUUACGCUUGUUGUGUCUAGAAAUUUUGGUCUUACCACCUUUACACUAGUCUUAUCAUUCUAUAUAUAUAUAUAUAUGUUGUGUGUGCUUUAGGCUUCAAAUGGAUUUAAAGUCAACUAACCUCCAAAAUGUUAAGUAAAUUGCUGACUUAAUCCUCUCACGUGGCUUAUGCCUUGAUGGUGGUCAUACAGUUGAGCUUUUUCAGAAAGCUAGUUUGGUUUCAUUAUUAUAAACAACCUUAGAGAUA